AUGGUCUACAACCCUGAUUUGGCAUUGAAGGAGGACCAAACUUCUCAUGAACUGGCUCUAAAGAACCACCAACAGGAACCCUCCCUAAGAAAGCAAGAUGAUCAAUGGCCUAAAGAUACCAACCAUGUUAUUGAUAUUGAUGAUUUAUCCUCAAAUGAUGAAUUGAUCAAGAAUGUGAAUCCUAGGAUUUCCAAAAGGAUAAGGACUAGGAAGGGAAAAGUUGUGCUCGACACAAAUCCUCUAAAACAUAACAUGAAGACAACUUUGGUUGGACCUCCAAGGUAUUGGAGAAAAGUUUAUGUCUCAUCCAAAAAGGGAAAGGUUAGGUUAGACAAUGAGUUUGAAGAAGAUGUUGGGGAUGAUGUUCAGGACAUCAUGCAAGUAAAGAAGUCUGUGAUCAAGAGAUCAUCUGUGAAUGUACCAAAUGCUCCCUUGGAUUAUAUCUCCUUUCACUCGGUUGAUAGUGUGGAAAGAUGGAAGUUUGUGUAUCAAAUGAGGGUUGCCAUUGAAAGAGAACUAGGUCAGGAUGCCUUUAAGAUUGAGGAAGUCAUUGACCUAAUCACUGUUGCUGGUUUAAUUCGAACUUUAACUAGGUUUGCUAAGUGUUUUGAUAUCUUGGUGAAGGAAUUUAUUAUGAACAUCCAUGUGGAUUGUGUUGAUAAUAGAAGUAAGGACUUCAGGAAAGUUUAUGUGAGGGGUAGACAGGUUGAUUUCUAUCCUGCUACUAUAAACAGGUAUUUGGGAAGAAGUGAAGAAGAGGUGAUUGAACUCGAGGUGACUGAUAAUCAGGCAUGCAUGGAGAUUACUACAGAUCAAGUCAAGGUGUGGCCUAUGAAAGGCAAGUUAUCUGCUGGCCAACUUAGUGUAAAAUAUGCUAUUCUACACAAAAUUGGCGCUGCCAACUGGGUUCCUUCUAAUCAUACUUCAACAGUUUUCAAAUCCUCUACCAAGGCUAAUGUUAUCUCAGAACUGAAGAAGACUUGCAAGGAUUUGGAUGAGAUCAUUCAAACAAGUACUGAAAGGAAGCUUAAUAUUGAAAAAUUAAUCAAGACUCUUGAACAGGAUAAUAGUACUAGGACUAAUGAUGCCAUUGAGGAGGAAGUUGCUAAGGAGGUUAAUUCUGUUGGAGAGGAUACUGCACAGGACUCUGAUGACUGUGCUGAGGAACAAACCUCUACUGAUACUGAUGGUGAAGAUGGUAGCAGUUCUGGGUCUAAUGUAUAUUGA